GGGAACAAUGGUGGUGUAGGCUACAGGUGGGAACUGGAGGAGCUUCUUGUUCAUGUGCAAAAGGAAUCUCACACAGGAGAAGAUGCUCCUCUUGGCAGUGCUGCUAACAAACCUGCUGCUGGCUACUGUAGUUUCAGGAUCAUCAGGUUCUUUGCUUCAGGAAUCAUCAGUUUCCCGUUGCAGCCUUUUUGGGAAUGAUCACAUCAAAACUUUUGAUGGUUCUUUCUACAAUUUUGCUGGGGACUGCAGUUACCUCCUUGCUGGGGACUGUCACAAGCGCUCCUUCACACUCUUAGGCGACUACCAAGAUGGCGAGAAAAUUGGUUUCUCAGUGUAUCUCGGAGAAUAUUUCAAUCUUCGCUUCGCUUUAGAUGGAGAUGUGAUGCAGGAAGACAAAAGGGUUUCCAUACCUUUUGCCUCCAAUGGCAUAUUUAUAGAGAAGGAGGCAGGUUAUUAUAAAAUAUCCAGUGAUGAGCAUGGCUUUGUGGUGAAGAUUGAUAUCAGUGGGAAUAUUCAGAUACUCCUUCAAGAAAAGCACUAUAAUAAGACCUGUGGGUUGUGUGGCAACUUUAAUAAAUUUGCUGAAGAUGACUUCAGAACUCAGGAAGGGACCCUCGUGGGAAACAGUUAUGAUUUUGCGAACUCUUGGGCUUUGCAGAGUGAAAACAAGCGGUGCAAGAGAGUGCAGACUCCAAGCAACACCUGCAACAUUUCAUCUGAUAUUGCAGAGAAGGUUGGUGCCACAAGAUACCUUUCUGGUUUCGGCCCUCCGCUACCUGAAGGCAACUUGCCUGCCCUUUGGCAGAACACAAAUGCUUCCUUGAAUCCACGUCUGUACCGAAUGUGGUCUUCCCUCAGCAAGCGCAUUUGUCGACGUGGCACCUGGAUCUGCAGCAAUGGGGAGUGCCCAGGAGAAUGCUCUGUCACCGGCCAGUCCCAUUUCAAAAGCUUUGACAACAAGUAUUUCACCUUCAGCGGGAUUUGUCAGUACUUAUUUGCCAAGGAUUGCGUGGAAAAUUCCUUUUCUGUGAUCAUCGAGACUGUGCAGUGUGCAGAUGAUCCUGAUGCCGUGUGCACUCGCUCAGCUUCUGUCCGAAUCCGGGAUAUGGACAACAGCCUCAUUAAAAUGAAACACGGAGGAGGAGUUUCACUGAAUGGACAAGACAUACAGAUCCCUUUGCUACAAGGUGCCCUCCGUAUCCAGCGCAUGGUGAGGACUUCAGUUCGCCUUACCUAUGGGGAAGAUUUGCAGAUUGACUGGGAUGGUCAUGGUGGACUCCUAGUAAAGCUGUCUCCGGUCUAUUCCGAAAGGAUGUGCGGGCUAUGUGGAAAUUACAAUGGUAACCAAGGGGAUGAUUUUCUUACACCUUCUGGCAUGGUAGAAGCUCUUCUGGAAAAUUUUGGAAACUCCUGGAAACUCAACGCGGACUGCCAAGACUUGUUAAAACAAGACAGUGACCCCUGCAAUCUCAAUCCUCGUUUAGCCAAAUAUGCUGAGGACUCCUGCUCAAUUCUGAUGUCUUCUGCAUUUGAACCCUGUCACCAUGAAGUCAGUCCCACUCCCUAUGUGAAGAACUGCCGCUUUGAUGUUUGCUCCUGCUCCAAUGGCAAGAAUUGUCUGUGCUCUGCGAUUGCUAAUUACGCCGCAGCCUGUGCUAGGAAGAGAGUCUUGAUCGAGUGGAGAGCACCUGACUUCUGCU